AUGGUGGAGGUCUUCCUGCCCCAGUACCUGCCCAUGCUCAUCCCGCCCGUGCCCUGGCUGCGCAACAACCUGGGGGGCCACCUCACGCUGCGCAACACGGUCAUGCGCAUCCGCGGCAGCCGGCUGCAGCAGGAGAUGUUGGAUGCGGCGGACCAGGAGUGGGGGGAGGGGCGGGGGCCAGGCCUGUCCCGCGUGUACGACGCGCUCAACUCGCUGGGCAGCACCGCCUGGGCCAUCAACCAGGAUGUGUUCCGCGUGGUGGAGACGGUGUGGGCCUGGGGCGGCGGCGUGUGCGACAUCCCCCCCAAGGUCAACCUGCCGCUGCCGCGGGACCUCAAGCCCGGCUUCCGCCAGCACCGCCAUGCACCUGGCCAGCUGCAGUUCUACCUGCGGACGCGCCGCGCCGACAUCUCUCGCAUGCAGAAGAAGAACCGCGAGCUGCACAGCCUGCGGUGCGACAUGGAGUACAAGCUGGCCAUCGCGCGCGAGUUUGUGAAGGAGCCGCGCUUCUACUUCCCGCACAACGUCGACUUCCGCGGCCGCGCCUACCCCAUGCACCCCCACCUCAACCACCUGGGCGCCGACCUGUCGCGCGGCCUGCUGCAGUUUGCGGAGGGUCGGCCCCUGGGGGAGCACGGCCUGUUCUGGCUGUAUGUGCAGGCGGCCAACCUGUGGGGCCAGGGGGUGGACAAGCUGCCGCUGUGGGGGCGGGUGAAGUGGGUGGAGGACCACCUGGCCCAGAUCCUGAUGACCACCCGCGGCUCGCACGGCCAGGUGGCCUAUUGGUGGCAAGCGGAGAACCCCUUCCAGUUCCUGUCCACCUGCUUCGAGAUACACAAGGCCAACGCCUCGGGCGACCCCGCGCGCUUUGUGUCGCACGUGCCGGUCCACCAGGACGGCUCCUGCAACGGCCUGCAGCACUAUGCAGCGCUGGGCCGCGACUUCUCCGGAGGCCAUGCCGUCAACCUGUGCCCCACAGACAGGCCGCAGGCAGGGGGCGGCGCCCGCAAGCCACGCACGCCGGACCGUGCAUGCAUCCACGCGUCCAACCAACCAAGCAACCAACCCGACUUACUUAUGUGCCACACCCUAUGCGCAGGACUGGACCGCAAGCUGGUGAAGCAGACGGUGAUGACGAGCGUGUAUGGGGUCACGUUUGUGGGCGCACGCGCGCAGGUUGGCAACCGGCUCAAGGAGCGCGGCUUUGAGGACAACCAGUUCAUGUACAAGGUUUCCUGCUACACGGCAAAGGUCACCCUGGAGUGCCUCCACGAGAUGUUCCAGAGCGCCAAGCACACCAUGCACUGGCUCAGCGAGUGCGCGCGGCUGAUUGCCAAGGAGGGGCACAGCGUGAUGUGGCACACGCCGCUGGGCCUGCCCGUGGUGCAGCCCUACCGCCGCAAGGACCGCCAGCACGUCCGCACGCUGCUGCAGCGCCUGGUGCUGGUUGAGAACAACGACGACCUGCCCAUCAUGAAGCAGCGCCAGCGCACCGCCUUCCCGCCCAACUACAUCCACUCCAUAGACUCCUCCCACAUGAUGCUGACGGCCAUCGCGUGCCAGCAGGAGGGCAUCGACUUUGCUGGCGUGCACGACUCCUUCUGGACGCAUGCCGGCACCGUGGAGCGCAUGAACGAGCUGCUGCGGGAGAAGUUCAUCGAGCUGCACCAGCAGCCGCUGCUGGAGCAGCUGCUGGAGGAGUUCAAGCGCCUCUACCCGACGGUUGACUUCCCCCCCAUCCCGCCCAAGGGCACCCUGGACCUCGACCAGCUGCGCCAGGCCGCCUACUUCUUCAGCUAG